UCCACCAAUCCCUAUGUAGAACAGGUCCCGUUUCAAAUUAAGGAAAAGGAAACCUGGAGGAAAUGCAGUCCAGAGAGAGGAAGAGGCAGGUACAGCCCAGCACCAGGAAAUUGAAACUCCCAAUGAAGAGAGCCCGCAGACCUUAAUGGAAUUUGUGAGCAGCCAAGACUCCCCCUGGGCUCUGCCACCUGACUGCAGCCCGGAGGACCAGCACCUGAGGGAGCUGGCAGUACAAUCACCGCAGCUCAUCCGGGACAACUUCAUCUUUUUGUUCUACAGGUCCUUAAGGAUAGUGGAUAGAGGAGUAAAUGAAGUUGAUGAACAUUUGUUGAAGUUUCAUAACCUGGAAGAACUCGUACUCAGUGCCAAUCAAAUCAGCAAAAUAAACUCCGCCCAUCUUCCUCGAACACUGAAGGUCUUAGAGCUCUGUGGCAAUGAGAUUGUCGGUUUGCAGGAUCUAUGUUCUCACCCACCUCCAAAGCUCCAGCAUUUGGGGCUGGGCUACAACAGGCUGCUGGGCUCCUCAGAAGAUAAAUAUCUCACUGCAGACUUCUGGCCAAAUCUUCUCUCUCUUGACCUAAGUUUUAAUAAUUUUACGGAUCUGUUGGGCAUAGUUGCUAAACUGGACACUCUGCAGCAGCUCAGAAUGCUUGUGCUGCAGGGAAAUCCGCUAGUGCUCAUGCCUGGCUACCGAGGUUUUGUAAUAGAUAGCCUGCCCAAACUCUGCAUACUGGAUGACAGGAACAUAUCGCCCGAUGAGAAGCAUAAGUUCCAUGGUCUAUCUAGCAAGCCAGAUCUCAUUGUGAAUAAAGCACAACUGGUGGUGAGUGUUGGGAAAAUCAAAGGUGUCCCCAACCCCAUCAAACCAGAGGAGCUGGAAAGCAGCCCAGAGUUUCCAUUGAUCACUUACAGCUACUAUGUGACAUACGAGUUUGUGGAGAGGGAAAAUGCCGAAGACACCAACAGCGCUGAGAUCCAUCAGAAUCAAACGGUGGCAAUACCAAGUCCUGGGAGUCCACCAGAGAAUGAUGACCAAGGAGGAUCGGCAUUACCAGAUGCGUCUUCUCCGCUUAAAACAGAGCCUCCGGCAAACAGGGCGAACAAGCAUCUCACCAUUCGGAAAUCCUGGGCGGAGACCAUGGAUUGUAAUCACAGGAAAGAACACAUCACUGGGGAUUUAGUGGAACUGAAAGCCUUCCUGAUGGCUGGGACCACCAUCACUGUUGUAGAGGAAAAGGUGCUUUCCUGGCCUGUGGCUGCAGCUCAGACUGAAGAUGCAGGAAAGAAGGGGAAAGCAGAGAAGGGGAAGGCAGAUAAGGGAAAGGCUGAGAAGGGGAAGCCAAAGGAUGGUGGCAAGGGAGACAAGCAAAAAAAGAAAAAGGAAAGCCCCAUCGAACUGCGCAGUGACCCGCCUUUCUUGAGAAGCCUGGGAUCUGGGAAUGUGAACCUUGAGAGCCUCUUAACAGGUGACCAGCUUGUAGCCGUGGUGUGUGACUUUGGGAUUCUCAUCACUGAGGAAACAACUCAGCCAUCAUCUCCUAAGGAGAAGGACAGUAAGAAGAGCAAAGACAAGAACAAAAAAACCAAAACAGAGGGAGAAAGUCCUACAAACCAGAAAACCACAGUGGCUGCCAAAGGAAAAGGCAAAAACAAAGAAUCUCCUGAAGUGAAGGAAUUCCAAGAAAUCCAGCCUGUGCCUCUGACAGUAGAAUUCCAAGUUCAGCUGAUUCAGUGGACAGCCACAUCCGAUGCCCAGUACCAAUAAAGAUAUGAGAACCAUUUGCUUGAUGACACAGGUUCAUAUAAUAUAUGUGCAGCAAAAAAACAGUUGAUGAAUUGUGGGAAGAAUGCUGGUUGCUGAGACUGGCCUUGGACCGGACGGGGAGUGAAGGAAGGGGAAGGAAAAGGGUUCUGGGUGCUUGCUUUGACUAGGGGAAUAACUUUGUGAGGUAGUGACUGGAGAAUAACACAGAACCUAGAAGGAAGUGUAGGGGAAACUUUCAAUUUGCUGUUUAUUUCCCUGACAGGCCACAUCACCAUCUUGGUUUGCCUCAGGUUGUCCUUGGGCUUCAUACUGGUCCCCUUUCUUUAUCCCCAUUUGGCAUCUUUUAGGUUUGUGGUGGGAACAGGUUAGCCAUAUGACCAGCUAAUCUGCCUAGUGAUGAGAGGCAAUUUAACACUGCCUCUCUUGUCACUCAGGGCUGUCCACCAGGAGGCAGCAGUGAGCACUAAUGAACUAUAGCAAGUGCCCAUACAGGAAUAGCAGAUGUCUUGAUGAGCUCAUCUCCAGCCCGCUCACCUCUUGGGCUAGCACCUGUAUUGUAUUGGGGAGGGGGUUCUCUCACACACUCACUGGAUAGUGGCUCACUGGCUCUCUAGCCUCACUCAGACCCACAUCCAGGACAAUGCAGCGAAGAAGAGGAAGAAAGAAGACACCUUACCUGAGAGGAUAUCAAUCCAGGAUCCUGCCUUUUCCUCUUGCAUCCAGUCCAACACAGCAUAUUCAUCCCUGGCCAUCCUGGAGCGGGGUCCCAUACUUGUUGAUGAGAAUGGUACAGUUAUAAUCCAAAUCUCUUUACCUCACCUGCCGUAUCAUAUUGGAGUCCUGGAUUCAGGCCCUUAGGCAUUAGCAAUUGAAGAGUUAUAUUUUUACCAGGUAUUUGUAUUGCUGUUAGUCUUGUUUUAGUGUGGGUUUCUGCCUUAUUUUCCUGUUUUAAUUCCUAUUAAUAAACUCUGAUCUGUUU